UCUGAACUUGGGCCUGAGCCGACGUUCGGAGACUUGUAGCAUCUAUAAAGCCUCAUUACCUAUCUACCAAACGUAGGAGCCUGCAUAUCCUUCGUAUUCACCGGAACCUCGCCCGCGACAUGAAGUCUCAGCCUCCCUCGAUCAGGGACACCAUCAUCGCCAUGGCUGCAAAGUACAGCGAAGGUCUCCCAGGCUUCGUCGGCGCUUCAACUUUGCCGAGCCAUGUCGCCCUCGACUCUCCUUCACCACUCAGAUACCCAAUCACCGUCCUUCUCACAGGCUCGACGGGGCACCUGGGCUCGGAAAUUCUUGCUCUGCUUUUGACUGACAAGCGCGUUGAGCGUGUGUAUACGCUGGAUCGGGUGGGCAAGGGGCACUCGCUCGAGCAAGCUGAUGGGAGAGUCAGCACGGCCGCUGGGGUGCGCGAACGCCAGCGCGCGCGGUGGGCAGACAGAGUGCUUGACAGAAACCUGCUCAAGUCAUCGAAACUCGUCUCCCUUGUGGGUGAUGCCUCGGCUGCGCGGCUUGGGCAGAGCGAGGUGGUGUAUGAGGAGAUGCUCGCCUCCGUUUCCACCAUUAUCCAUACGGCCUGGCUCGUCAAUUUCAACCUGCCGCUCAUCGCAUUCGAGCCGAGUUUUCGCAGCAUGCGCGCCCUAAUUGACUUCGCGCGGCAGGCAGAGCUGGUCGAUCAGGCGCGACAGGACCCAUUGGUUGACGGCGCGCGACGAGCGCUGCGGGCGGACGGCACGCAGCAAAGUCCACGUCGGCGCACUCUCCGUUUCCUCUUCGCGUCAUCUGUCACUGCCGUAAGAUCGUGGGAGGACGUCGUAGCAGACUUUCAAACGAGCUCGAUGUUGCCAGACUGCAUGCCCAAGCCCGCCUCUAUCGCAUCCGCUCCGUCUCUUGCCACUGCACCCGCCCCGUCCUGCGCAAUUUCCGAUUCAACUAGCUAUGCCGACAUCACAUCCCCCGAUCCCCUUGCCGCCGGGACGCCCAAUAUGGCCAUCGCCAUACCGAUCGGACCCGCCGCCAGAGUGCUCGCGACGGCGUGUACUAGCAUACGCGCCGAUGACAAAACCCGACUCCCCAUUCCAGACUAUCCUGCCGUACCAGAAGUCCUCAUCGACAACCCCUCCGUCUGUAUCGACGGCCUCGGGUACGGGCAGAGCAAAUUUGUCGCCGAGCGAAUCCUCGCUGCCAGUGGGAUCGAGUUUGCUUCCGUGCGGAUUGGACAGUUAUGCGGAGGGAGUGCUCGGAAGGAAGGUGGUAGCGGCGUGGGAAGGGGAGGUGGAAUAUCUGUAAACGAGAUGCGACGCGGAGCCUGGGUCACGACAAACUGGUUCCCGAUGCUCGUGAAGACGAGCCUGGCACUGGGCGCGCUACCAACUUAUGAGCAGAUGAUGCCCUGGCUCCCCAUGGACGCUGCAGCCCAGAUCCUCCUCGACAUUGCCUUCUCGUCCGAGCCCCUACACCCGUCGUACAAUCUCAUGCAUCCGCGGCCGAUAUCUUUUGCAAAGAUCAUGGAGUACGUGCAGUGGUCGCUCGCGUCAACUACAGGGCAGCGGCUACCUUGCAUACCCUUCAAGGAGUGGUUGGCGAGACUGGAGAACAAGGCACGUAGACCGGAUAUUGACCAGAAAGACUUGCCCGGCAUCAAGAUCAUCUCCUUCCUUCACGACAUCUGCUCAGGCGGUACUUUCGGGCGGGAGUUUGAGAUGGAGAAGGCGGAGGCCAGCAGUCCGACGUUGUGCGGUAUGGAACCCAUCAAUCAAGCAGAUGUGGGCGCGUGGGUCAGCUAUUGGGAGGCAUGCGGUAUGUUCGCGCGUAAGGUGGCAAGCUCACGGUUGUAGCCCUCAGAACUGUGGGGAUUUAAGUACGAGUCGGGUACUCUUUCUUCACUCGUCAGGCUUUCCAGUACGCGCUGUACUACCAAUUUUUCCCUUUUUUUUGUACUAUUACUUGAUACGACGGCGUGUAGGUCCACCGCACGAAGCGUGGGCCUCUGUAUGUAUGACGACACGCUACGUUCACUGUGUCUGCCGACUCGGUCACUACAUGAUACACAUCUAUUCUUUGCCC